GUCAGAGGUGUUGUGUACGGAGAACUAUGACAAAAAAAUAAUGAAGAUUAGAAUAUGAGCGCUAAAGUUGACAUAUCGACUGUCAUUCGUUCUCCGGUCGCUUUUCCCACAGUUACCACUUUAUGCGGUGUGGCUAGUUAGAAACAAGGUGGACGGUUUACGCGUUCGGGGGGCCAAUUUAAAUUGGCCAGCUGUCAACACAGUACGUUCGACCCGCGGGCAGGUUUUGAGGUGUAGCGGUUGACUUCAGGACCGACUGUUUCCAGCAUGGCCGGUGGAAUUACGGAGACGGGAGAGCCCUACUCCCCAUUUGUGGGCCUGGUGUACAUGUUUAAUCUGAUAGUGGGCACCGGGGCGCUGACGAUGCCCAAGGCCUUCGCCACUGCCGGCUGGGUGGUCAGCGUCACCCUCAUCUGCUUCCUGGCCUUCAUGAGCUACAUGACAACCACCUUUGUGAUCGAGGCCAUGGCCGCCGCCAACGCACAGCUACGCUGGAAGAGGCGGGAGCAGGAGGAGGUUGAUGACAGUGAGUCCACCUCUGAUUAUUCCGAUGAUGAUGUCAUCAUUCGGGGACGAUCAGAACCACUGGAGGCCCGGCCCAUUUUAUCUGUUCAGAGGGGGGUGUCAGUCGAUCACUUUGACAUCGUAGAAAGGGUGGAGAUGGGACAGAUGGCCUCCAUGUUCUUUAACAAAGUGGGGGUGAACAUGUUCUACAUCUGCAUCAUCGUGUACCUGUACGGAGACCUGGCCAUCUACGCGGCGGCGGUGCCCAUCUCGCUGAUGGAGGUGGCAUGUGGGAAUCACUCCUGCAGUGCAGGCAGUGUGAAGUACAAUGACACAGAGUCCUGCUGGGGACCCGUCAGGAGGAAAGACGCGUACAGGGUGUUUUUGAGCAUCUUCACCCUGUUGCUGGGCCCCUUCACCUUCUUCAACGCUCAGAAGACCAAAUACCUGCAGAUCCUCACCUCACUCAUGAGGUGGAUAGCUUUCAGCAUGAUGAUCGUCCUGGCUUUGAUCCGCAUCGGGAAGGGCACAGGAGAGGGACACCCCCCCAUGGCGCAGUUUUCGGGCAUCCCCAACUUGUUCGGUGUGUGCGUGUACUCCUUCAUGUGCCAGCACUCGCUGCCCUCCCUGGUGACGCCCAUCUCCGACAAGAAGCGGGUGGGCGUGCUGGUGCUGGCGGACUACGUGCUGAUCCUGGCCUUCUACGUCCUGCUGUCCUUCACCGCCAUCUUCUGCUUUGACAGCGCCCUCCUGAGGGACAUGUACACGCUCAACUUCACCGACAACUGCGACGUGCUGGACAUCCCGGUGCUGCGCUACUUCCUGGGGCUCUUCCCCGUCUUCACCAUCAGCACCAACUUCCCCAUCAUCGCCGUCACGCUCCGCAACAACUGGAAGACACUCUUCCACCGGGACGGGGGCACGUACCCCUGGGUUGUGGACCGCGUGGUGUUCCCCCUCAUCACCCUGGUGCCCCCCAUCAUAGUGGCCUUCUGCACCCACGACCUGGAGUCCCUGGUGGGCAUCACGGGUGCUUAUGCUGGCACGGGCAUCCAGUACAUCAUCCCCGCCUUCCUGGUGUUCCUCAGCCGGCGCCACCUGGAGCCGGUGUUCGGCAGGGAUGUGGCCAACAAGCACCGCUCCCCCUUCCGCCACACCUUCUGGGUGGCCUUCGUCCUGCUGUGGGCCAUUUCCUGCCUGAUGUUCGUCACGGCCAACAUCAUCCUGACGGAAACGAAGCACUGAGGGAGCCGCGCGGGAAAGUUCCGGUCUUAUCUGUAGAUUUGUUUUAUCAUAUGUGAGGCCUUACAGGACAGGUAGAGGCCAGAGCGUGCAGGCCAUGCACUUUUAUACAGUGUGUGAAUCUUGUAGCAUGUACAUCAUUACAGUAAGGAUAGUUAGCAAAUUAAGUUAACAAAUAACAAAUUGUGAAGAAGGACCAAAUUUUUCAUUUUUGAAAGGCUGUUUGAUGGAGAACAGGAAAAAAAAAGAUUAACAGAAGGGCAUUUUGUUAUUAGUGUCACAGUUCCCUUGUAAAAGUGUCUUGACAAUCGCUUUUAUGUUUUCUGAGUCACUGCCAUGCUGCUCGUCUGUCUUCAGUCUGUCCCAGAUCCUUCUGAUUGUUUGUCUUUUUCUCAGUUUUCAAACACUUUGGUUGAACUCAGCCCGAGUUUGACAGUGUUGGUACGUCUGUCUGUCCUAUUCAGAUUUGUGCAGACUGAAGAUGGUGGGAAAGAAAACAAAAGAACACUCGGAUUGACAGCAUCCAGUGACCUCUUGUGUCAGUCCGUAUCUCUCAGCCCUGUGAAAGCUUUGCGAGGCCUUCGGCAGUGAGCAGGAAGGGAACCAGAGAACGUAGGGAGAGUCAGACUGCAGCCAUUUCUGCACUCCGUGACCGCUGCCUUCAUUCUUUGAACCGCGAGCUGGCUCAGCUUUGAAGAAUGCAGUGCAGAACAGAGCAGCACCAGAGAUCAGAAGAGAACCACAGCUCGCCAGGCAACGUGUCUGACAUUGCGGCCUUUAAACCUUUCAGCCGUUCAACAGUUCAUGCACCUGAUAUUGUGUGACCUUAGAAACUAGGCAGGGACUUGCAUGUGGCUGAUGGCUGAUGGCACGGGGUGAGUGAUUGCUACAUUCAGUGGGGCUCGUCCGGGAUCCCCCGUGCCUAAAGAGCCUGUGAGAUAUGCAAGCAGGUGUCCUUCCGGCUAACGACAUGACACAUCGCUGUCACGCCGUCUGGCCAUGGCAGUGGGUCUCUGUAUCUCCACAGCAGCGAGCUUGUCUUUGCUCGCUGGCAUAUCCAUGAGUCAUUUUUCUGGUGUAAUAAGACUUUUCAACUGGCUGCUUCCGUGUCAGGGCACUCUUAAAUUUUUAUCUCUCCUGCCAGCAGCUGUGUUUGAGGAGUUCCAUUUACAGUCAGUCAAGAGACAGCUGCUUUAGCUGCUGGACUGAUUUUAACCCCUACACUGUCCCUCAGUAUUUGCAGUAACUAGUUUUUGGUUUGCAUUACACCUCUGGAUACGAUGGGGGGAAUUCCUCCAAUGUCAAGCCUCUCUCAGAAGCAGGACUUUUACAGGUUGUGAAUUUGUCAUGAGUGUGUCACGGUUUUCGUUGAUUUUUGUAUGUAAUCGUGAUUUUAUUUUUUAAAAGGGAUCGCUUCGUUUAACUCUCACGCCUGUCUGUGCUUUUGUUAGUGCUUGUGUGAAAUUGUGUGUUUUAUUGUUUUUUAAUUGGUUGUGUGUGAAACUGCGUGUUUUAUCGUUUUUAAUUGGUUGUUUUAUUGCUCCGUACGAGCGGGACGUUAAUGAUCCAGUAAGGGAAUUGAGUUUUCGGUUUGUCUGAAGAAGUAUCGCACCAGCGCUAAAUGUCAUGCCUUGGGUUCUUACCCAUAUUUAAAACUUUUCAUAUAUUUUCAUGGGUAAUUCAGUAAACAGGUCUGUGUCCUGCUAAAAUUAUUUAAUGUAAUGAUUAAAUACACAAUAUUCUGGAGUAUCUGCAUUGCGUCUGCCUAAAACCUAAGGUUAGUUGAUAGCUCGUGAAGCUGGCUCCUGCUCAGAGUGGAUGCAGCUAUUGGCAGUCUGAGUUUCUGCUCAGGGCUCAAACACCUUUCUUCCCAAUGGGCAGUGGCAGUCUUACGUUGCUGUAAUUACCAAUGGUAGCAGCAGUGCGGUUUCUCCCCCCACACGUAGGAUAUGCAAAGUCGUUUUUUGCCUUUUUUGUUUGUUUGUUUGUUUGGGGUUUUUUUUGGCAGUCUCAGAGUCGCUGUACGUGGGAGUCUCCUCACGGUUAAACCCAGUUUGCGGUUCCAUUGUAGCCGUUUAUCGGAGACCCUCUGUGCGGUGUCUGCAGAGAGAGGUUCGACCCAAAGCAGGGUUACGCUGUACAUGCACACUGUGUACACACUGUCCGACUGACAGCAGUGGGGGGUCUGCAUUAGCUUAAAGUGAAUUCAAAGGUCAAACCAAAUGACACUGUAUAAACUAUGUGUAAAGAAGAAAAAAAGUUUUGUUUUUUUUUUAAGGGGGUGGGUGUAAAGAUUUCUGAAUGGAGACAGAAUAAUGUGCCUUUUUGGCAGGGUUAGUCCUGUCCUUUUUAAGGUGUUGGCUGUGGUGUUUCUCUCCUGUCUUUGUAAAAGCACCCUUUCAGAUAAGAUCUGCAUGUAAGCCACUU